UCCCCUUCGCCUUCCUCUGAGAGUCUGAUGGUCCUCAAUGAUGGCAACACCUUUGCUAUCGACGUCUUUCGUAGCGGCAACGCGGAUCAGGACGCAGGUCCGGUGUUGCUGUAUCAACAGGGACAGCGUCACUUUUGUAUUAGUGUUACGCUCUCUUCAACAACAAAGCAAAACUAUUUUGUGCCCUUGCGCCGUUUUUUCUCAGGACAGCUGCCUACCUUCCAAAAUGAUUUUGCGAGAAUGUGGCAGUUUCAGUUCGCGGCGAAGAAGUCCAGCGGCUCGUUUUCAUCGUGGCCGUCGAUGGAGAACUGGCUUUAUCAACUGCGUAAUUUUUGGCAAGAAGAUGGGGGAGACCCGAAACUCCAAGAUCUUCUCGAAACGGGAGUGGGUCUCAUCGAUAGCGUCUUAUGCCUCGAAAAGCAUGGUCUGGUCCAGUUGAACCUCAAGAUCACGAACAUUUUUUGUCGAAAGUAUGUACCACCUGAAUCCAGCAGCAUUAGUGAUACGGUUAGUCGAAGGGUGGAGCGGAGGUUUGAAUCGUCUUGCUUGCCGAUGCUAGCAUUUUAUGGUUCAGCAAACGUGCAGGCUGCUUUUGUCGACAAUAAAGAAAGUCGAUGCCCGUCGAAGCCACCGAGAAAAAAUCGCGGCUUAACUACGGUGCGCGAUAGGAUAUUCGGAAAACUCACACCACAAGGUCCGGAAACGCCGACCGCUACCACGUGGACUAUGUUGGGCAUUCCGAUAGAUGCGCAAAAAAGCCAAGGACCACAGGUUUCUCGUAGCACCCACUCCGACCCCAAACAAGACCGACGGGAACUAAUUUUGCAGCAAGCCUGUUCUCCAGCGAGAAAUACUGGAGACGCGAGAAACACGAUCAAUCCGCCGUCAAAAUCGCUAAGUCCAGACCAGCCAAAAAAUGACAUCCUUCUGGACCCAGCUGCUGAAAAACCUGACACCACACUUGUGCAGUCUGCAGCGUGGCAAGUCGGGGCUAUCAUAGUAACGAUUCUAUUCUACAACGUAUAUGACAAUAACAAUAUCCGUGGGAGGCCUAAGAUAUCCGAUAUAGUCAACGUCAACGACCUGUGCCAAGGACGUCCAGCUCCAGACGCGAUCAAGACCAGCCUGCUUCGGCACAUAGACGCUUUAGCCACGCACUGGAACGAAAAACUCGACGUAGUUCAAGCAGUAGAAGAAACGGUGCAGCAACGGAAUAGGUGGGAUUCUUCUACCAGUGUACUCGAAGAAGUAUCGCACCAGACGACCACGAAAAGGAAGACGGAAAACAUAGCGGCCCUUGUUAAGAGCAUCACGCUCUAUGCACUAAAUUGUGACCCAGCAAAGCGUCAGCUCGAGAACCUGCGAAAGGAGAUGAGACAGUUGCGUUAUGACUAUGUCAAAUUUUCUUUUUGGAACCGUGUGCCACGGAAGCUAAAGUGCGACCUGCUUGCUAAACAAGAAGAUAAGAAAGCGGAGCGAGGUACGACCGUUGCCGCGAACCAACAUCCGCAACAGGAUGUCGUUGGCGGUGAACGUGAAUAUGACAUCAAAGAUGAAGGUACUCUUCGGCCUCUCACCCCGCCCGGAUUGGGAUCCUCGUCGUCAUCAAGGAGGAUUGUUCGUCCUUCACUCGGAAUCAUAUCGGAUACACAAUUAGAAAUAAGAGUAGAUACAGGCCUAGGCCAAACCCAGGACAAGGAGGUUGAGCAAACGCCAGAAUACGUACGACCGACGGCAGCUGCGGAACAACUAGCUGAGACGUCCGCAUAUUCAUUUACACAUGGUCCGUCGGGGUCAGCGGAGGACCAGGAGCCAAGCAAGAUGAGUGAUAUUGACAACAGCGAAGAGACGGAGACGAAGCCAGGAGAUGUAGAAGUGCGACAACAACGCAUCACAUCACAUGCUACGCCUUCUGUUUCUACCAUCGCACUUUCUAGUAGUAGUCCAACAACGUCUCAGAGGACGGCGACCUCUUCCAGCAAAGAAGACGACGACAAGGACAGUCAGCAUGCGGCGGCCGAGGAUAGUGUCGGACGUGAGUCUUCACCGCAGAGCAGAUCUGCAUCGUCGCAAUCGACUGUCCAGCUUACAGAAAGCAGCCGAUUGACACAAAUGUCAGCGGAAAGGAGCAAGGCCCGUUUCGCCGAUGUGGACAAAGGGAAGCCAACGGCAGUCAACGAUGUCAGAGGCAGUGCGACAACUACCAGCAGCACGGAGAAGCAUGAUGGAAGCAGUAGUGGGUCUUCUGACAUCAAAAAUGGGGCGGCGAAGCCGCUCAGCUCUCGCGACGUCGUGCUUCAUCUCCUAGGCAGCGAUGCGGAGAGUGAGGACGACGGUGAGAAGGCUGGAAUGGAAAGUGACGCUGAACAAACGCCAAAAGAGACUAAAUUAGAAUCGCGCGCUUCGCAAGCUGAUCGUGCUCAUGCCACAACGACACGCAAAGUGCACGUCUUUGUACAAAACACCGGUGGAGCAGACGAGGCACGGCAGAAAGCCGGCGCUCGCCCGAAAGACCUUGGGGACGACGAGCGCGAAUUUGUCACUUCCACGUUAGCCAUGAUACUACACGAUGAUACGACAACAGAGACCAGAGGCACAUGGGAGGCUAGUGAAUCUGCAGACAACGCCGAUGCACCUGCAGGUAAGAGGAGUCACCCACUCGCGUCAGCUUUAGAUCUUGGGUCCAUUAAGCCUCAGUCACCUGGACCUGCACCAGUAGAACAAGUUGAGAAGCAAGGUAUAGAAGCAGGAAACUCCGAGUCCGAAUCUAGGAGGAAAAAAAGAAUCUACGCGGAUGAGCACACAUCUGCCAAGAAGAUAGCAGCGCCUGCACAGGCUCCAGAAGCUGCACAAUUAGAGCAGCACCAGGACGGCCAGGAGGAUAUCUUAGUGGAAGUCCGACAUCAACCCACAUCCGAUACCGAUGCUGGCGCGGAUGAUAAUGUUAAUGACGACGUACACAGGCAGACAGAACAAGACGCCUCUGGCCCUUCUACAUCCUCCGCUUUUGCGCAUGAAGAUUACGGUAAGGCUGGGGCAUCUGAAUUGGAUGAAGACGAGAUAGAAGCCGAAGUUUUAGCUCCUUCUACAAAGACGCGCGACACUGUGACGGGCAAAACGAAGCAAGCGGACGCUACUUCGGACGUUGUGGCGAAGACUCCAUCUGCCACAGCCGCUAGUCGAAACGACAUGAACGAGGAUAAUACAUUCGAGACUAGUGCAAUAGACCUAGUUCUAGAGACUAGCGGUAGCGUCAAUCAUAUUCGUCAGGUCCCUGCAUCCACUUUAUUUUCGGAUGUGUCAGAGACAGCGACUGAGGUAAUCAGUAGCUCAGCAGGCUCAACUUCAACAUUAGCUUUUGGUGGGUCCACUCCUGUCACAGCGCCUCCUUCCGAUGGCAAUCAUGCAGAUGAUGAUGAGCUCAGCCGCCGCAUGAUGGGUACUGAUGCCCACACCUCGACCAGUAGUGACUCUGAAAUCAAGACACAGCGAACAAAAGACGAGCGCGAUACUUCAGAUAGUUCCAGAAGAUCAACUUCGUCAGCAUCUACUUCACAAGAAGGCGCACUUUUGCGAGAUAACAACAAAGAAGACAGAAAAGAGAAUGACAAAGGGCAAGUAAAAGAAUUUCAAGAGCAUACAAAAACGCAAGCAGAAGAAGAACAGCACUUGCAGAAGCAAAGCCUGGAACUGGAAGAUGAAGCACAUGACAACGAUAAGAGUCCCCUAGGACUUGUUUCCGGUCGUGGCCCCGGUAAUACCGCGAUUGAAAAAACACAAUUUGUGAAGGAAGAAAAGAACCACGGACAGGAUGAUGACGAAAAGUUCGCUAGUACAGCUGCCCUGUCGGUCAGCGUCGUAGACUCGAAGGCUGCGAAGGGCGUCCCCGCACUUGGAUCUUCACCAAAUCAGGAGGUCGAGCACAAGCCGUUGCCCCCAGAUCAAGACUCGAUGGUCGUCGAGUCGACCGAUUCACCUCGACGUACUGCCAACACUCCCACACUUCUUGAGCCCAGCUCGUCCGGACGGAUGGAUUCUCGCAAAGCUUCUGGCGGAGACAAGAGGAUUUAUGGACAUCAGCGCGCCGACAGCACCCACGAGCAGGGUAAGCCAGAGCAUGAAUUCAUCCAGUAUAGUAUCAAAAAUUCGGAUGUGGAUCAUGCUGACGAUGCUACGUCAGGCAAGAUUCACGAGAAGGAGGAGGAUGUGCAGCGACACCGCGGCGAAAGUGCACGCAAUGUAAACGAGGGCAUCAUCAAGACUCCAGCCGCUGACGCGUCGCAUCCGAAAAAAUCUCUUACCACUACUAGUAGCUUAUCAACAACCCCUGGGUUCGGCAUCGGCGCAGUGGGCGGCAACCAAUAUUACGGUCAUCGUGUUGCUCUUGACUCCACUAACAAUGGAGCGAGUGGUGCGACACGGGCAAGCUCAAGCACAACGGUGUCGCCAACCAAAAGCCAAUAUGAGGAGUUUGUGGCUGCAACAACUACAAUCGCGCCUGCUGCUGUAGGACAUGACGGGAGCUCAACGUUGAGCUCAUCAUCCGCAACAACAUCUCCCAUCCCACAGGACCUCGUGAGCGGGGUUUUCGCUUCGGUGUCCUCAUGGGUGCGCACCUUCGCUGGCGCACGACGCAAAAAAGCGCUGCGCGGGAAAUCGGAGGCGGCGGGUGCACGACACCAGGGCCGCAUGCUGAGAAGUGUGGAGAAGAAUACAAAGAAGAGGAGCAACAUCAAGGGAGUAGAACUUGCCCCAGAUCCGGGAGCACCACAAGAUAUGCUGGUCCUCGAUCACACCAACGAUAAGGCCGAAAAGUCUUCUGCACGGAGUGCAGACACGAUGACUGCCGAACAUUCGUCGGCAGUUACGACCUCCGCACCAUAG